UUCAAACUUCACCCUUAUCCCUCUUUUGCUUCAUCUCUAACACUUCCAAUGGCUACUCUCAAUUUCUCAAUCCUCUCUAAAACCCUAACCCCUAAAUCCCCAAAUCCUAUUUCUAAACCCUCUUCAUUCAUCACUUCUAACCUUCCUUUCGUCAAUUCUCAAUCCCUAAAACCCAUUUUCACACAAACCAUUCCAAAGUCGUCCCGGGUUCGGACACACCAAAUAAGGGCGGCAGUCGAUGGGGAUUAUUCGUCGAGAAGAAGCAGUAGUAGUGAACCCAGGGAGACCAUUAUGUUACCUGGAUGCGAUUAUAAUCAUUGGUUGAUAGUCAUGGAGUUUCCGAAGGAUCCUGCUCCGACCAGAGAGCAAAUGAUUGACACUUACCUCAAUACACUUGCUUCUGUUCUUGGCAGUAUGGAAGAAGCAAAGAAGAACAUGUAUGCUUUUAGCACUACCACAUACACCGGGUUCCAGUGCACUGUAUCUGAAGAAACAUCUGAAAAAUUCAAAGGAUUACCUGGAGUGCUUUGGGUAUUGCCCGAUUCAUACAUUGAUGUGAAGAACAAGGACUAUGGAGGUGAUAAAUAUGUGAAUGGAGAAAUAAUUCCAUGUCAAUAUCCAACAUAUCAACCAAAACCACGAAAACAAUCAAAAUAUGAGAGUAAAAGAUAUGUAAGACAAAGAGAUGGACCUCCUCCUGAGCAAAGAAGACCAAAGCAAGAGGCAACUUCCACCUCUUCUGAAUCACCUUCUACAUGAUAUCUCAUGGGUGGCAACCAUAAGUUGAGAAAGAAGACACUAAUGGGAAAUGCUAGCAACAUCUUGUAGCCAUGUCUAUGCAAUCAAGAAGAAGAAGAAAGAGAUUUCUGCUUAUGGUUUAAUUUUGAUAAUUUUUUAGGGCAGAAAAUUAUGUGAAAACUUUGCACGGCUUGUAGUUGAAAACUAUAAUAUAUGUGAUCGAUUUAGUUAUUGAAUUAA